AUGCCGAGCCUACCGUGCUACGUGUGCGAAUUUGGGCUGCCGACGGGCGUGCACCUGAUGACGGUCUCAACGACGUCCAACACGGCGUCCCCAGACCCCACGCCCGCCGUCACUGUCCAGGCAUGUUCUACCUGCGAGACGUCGGUGUUCAAGACGUCUGUUCUCGGGUUCACACCGGGUGCGCGUUGCCACGGGUGCCAGCCGUCGGGCACAGAGGAUGCCGGCGUGGCCAGCAUGACGGUGGGGAACCAGGAGCACGAGACGAUAUCCCUUGUGGGGGGGCCUGCCCUGGACGAGGUGGCGGGGGGUGGUGGCUCAACGCCAGCAGAGAACACGCCGCUGGCCCCGCCGUCUGCGUCGCCGACAUACCUCACUGCAGGGGCGUCUCGGAACACUGUACAGGCCGGGGUGGUCGGAGUGCUGGCCGGCCUAAUGCUGGUUGCGUGA